AUGGGCAAGCUUGUGUUUGCCCCAGUCGACCUAGGGCGAAACGGCUUGCGAAUUUUGGACAGCGGAACAGCUGAUGGACGAUGGCUCAUCGAUCUUCGUGCGUACCUACGUUAUAAAGACAACGUCUUGAUAGGAACGGACUCAGUAGAGAGAAUGUUCCCGCCUACUCCGCCCGAAGGUAUUUCGUUCCAAGUUCAGCGAGUAGACAGCCCUUGGCCACAGAGCUGGCUGGGUAGCUUCGACUACGUACACCAGCGACUCGUCCUGCCUGGCUGCGAAUACUGCCCAGCGGCCACGGCUGUCAAGAACUUGUGCGAUCUUGUCAAGCCAGGAGGCUGGGUCGAGAUCCUGGAGCAAGACCAUAAUCCUCCAAACCCGGGUGCUUUUGAAAGGGCUGAGUCAAUGAUUCGUGAAAUUUUCACAGUCAAUGGCUUUGGCUAUGACUACCCGCUCCGGAUCAAAGAAUGGCUUGAAGAGGCCGGAAUGGAAGACGUGCACCAGGUCGUUAUUGACGUCCCGGUAGGGGCGCUGAAUCCCAAACCAGAGAUGGCUCAGAAAAGCACCUGGCAGAUUAGUUCUGCGCUGGCGGGUUUCCUGCCUAUGGCUCGCGGUCAGUGCCUAGCCCGAGUUCUCCCUUCUCUCGUAAAACUAACCAUAGGAUAUGUAGCUUUGCCUCUUUCUAUGCCCCGGGACCAAUUGGAGACUCUGCCCGAGCAUACUGCCGAGGAAAUGAAGCGCGUUGGUGGCAUUCAGAGAAUAUAUAUUGUAUACGGAAGAAAGCCUUAA